UCUUCGGCCAGUGUCUGUUCUCUGGACAGUGCGCAGUCGUCAUUCGACGCAAGGCAAGGAGGUUGGUUAGUUGGUUAGUUAGUACUUUAGUAGGCAGUGGGACCUUGUCGGCGAAUCAGUAAAAUGGCUGCCACAGGGAGUUCGAAAGGUUCGGUGCUCGAGAAAUUCGGUCUGCAGCCGGUAACCAAAUGCAGCCUUGCCAAGUUUUACGCCCCGGCACUGGGUGCCGUUUCGUACACUGGUCUGUCAAUCAACGUAAUGAAUCCACGAUUAAUCGUCAGAAUAUUCCCAACAACGGAUAUAACAAACCUGCUACUCGGUAGCACGUUUCUGGGCACUGGAUCCUACAUUUACACCAGGGAACACUUGAAAAAUGCUCCACCUGCAAACAAAAUUGCUUACAGCGCUGCUGGAGCUGUGCUGCUGAGUUUUGGGUCGGUUCUGGUAUGGUCUAUCCUGCGAUCGAUCCUUCCACCAAAUUCUUCCCUCCACACUAUUGCUGGUAUCGGUUCUGGAAUCGCAUUUAUUAAGAUCGGAACCAGCUACCUGGAGUUUGUCGACUCGCAGGUGGUGGCUAAAAAGUAGGAAAACAUAGUACACAUGAUUUAAAACAUUGUCCAAAUAUGUCAUAGACACUGUAUUCGAAGAAAACUAACCAAAAAGUAAUACGGACAAACAAUACACUUGUUUAUUAUAUAUUUGAAAUAAAAUUGUACGGAAUCUUGUAGAAAGUUUGACAUAUAUAGUUUGCUAAAUGAUGCGAAUGAUCUUUUAAAUGAUUACAACGUUUCGCUGAAUCAUAUUUAAAUAUAAACUAAGUUUAUUUCCU